AUGUUUCCUACUGCUCAGCCCAACCAAGGAGUCUUGUUCCGCAACAAUCUCAAAUGGGAAGCGCUCAAAGAUGACAUUCGUCAGUUCUACAUUCUGGAAGAUCAUACCCUGAACGACACCAUGGAGUUCAUUCAACAGACUCAUCAGUUCCAAGCAAGUAAACGGAAAUGGAAAGACAAGUUGAAAGAAUGGAACUUCGACAAGAACAUACCUUUAAAAGAGGUUGGGUUCAUGGCUACUAAAUCCGAGAAAAGGAAGAGCAAGAUCGAGCAGUUCAAGAAGCGAAGAUUGACAUCUGGCGGCAUCAACACCCAGCUCAUUCCAGUUACACCGCCACAAGUGACAUACUCCACACCAAGACCACCAUCGCUCAGCCCGAGUCCUUUCAUCGAAGAUCACCGCCCUCCACUUGAAAUCGAUAUGCCACCUGUUUCAUCUGAUGAUUUAAACAUAGGAGACUUGAAAUUGGAUACUGUCGAGGACGUUGAUCAGGCUAGCAUUAUCGACGAGGAGAUUGACGGUUUGCGCAUCAGCGCGCUGAACUUCAUGCUCCAUGCAAUAGAUGCUUUGGAAUCCAUACCGUACAGAUCUAGAGUCUCUGCUAACGAAAGAGAGAUGAUCAAAGUUUUAGACGAGAAGUUGCAUUCUCUUACCGGUACUAGAGAGGAAAUGGUGGACGAUCAUGUGAAAGACGAUGACGGGAUGGAUGAUGGCAAAAGCUCCAACAAGUACGGUGUCACUUACACCGACAGUGGCAUGACUGGCGUGAGUUUGAAUUACUCGGAUCUGUGGAAGUGAAAACCGAUCGAGUCACAGGAGGACCAUCUGCUUUCCUAUUUG